AUACGGAAAAGUUUUAAUUAAUUUGGAGUAUACGGAAUAUUAAAAGACAAUGGCAACAUUGAGUGAUAGGAUUUUUGGAGGAUCUCUAAUUCUUCUUGCAUUAGCCAUUUUUACUUAUUACACUCUCUGGGUAGUCAUUCUUCCAUUUUUAGAUCCUGAUCACUUCCUGCACAGUUUCUUUCUUCCUCCAGUGUACGCCAUCACUCUACCACUGGGAGGGAUCGCUGCUUUAUUUGUAUUAGUUGGUGUUUUUGUUGCCACAGUGAUGAUCAAGGAUCGUGCCAAGAGAAAGGCAAAGGCGAAAACCAAAUGACACCAGUUAUUAAUAGUUAUUAAUGAUUAUUAAUAGUUAUUAACUGUUCAUAUUCAAUAAUUUAUACAUGCUCUUCUGCUUUUGAACUAAAUUGAUUAAAAAAAUAA